ACACGUAACAACUGUUGCGCAGACAUUACCGAUGUUUGUCUGCGCGGGAAAACCCCAGAUAACGAUAUUAGCCACACAGACGACAGAAAAUAUAGCUAUUGAGACGGGCGUGUUGGAAGAUCGUUCAUUGAUUCUACCGACACAGACGGAGAAACCAAGAUGAUUCACAUCUUCACGAUAAAACGUACGUAAGCCUUUAAUCAUCAGUAGUGUUUUGAGGAAUGGACGAGGACAGAGGAGAAAGGCGUAGAGGUGGACACAGAGGGGGAAGAGCAGGAAGAGGAGGAGGAAGAGGAGGAGGAAGAGGGGGAGCAGAUGGUAGAGGAGGUGGUCGUAGAGGUGAUGGGGGAGGCGGGGAAGAAGGAGGCGGCAGAGGAGAACGACGGCGAGGUGGAGCACGAGGAGGAGGUCGUAAUGACGGUCAGGGUAGAGCUCCGCGUCCGUGGAAAACUCGCCUAGGCUUUAGGAAACUUACCGAGUUACAACAUAAGGAGCCUUCUGAUAUUCUUAUAUCAAUAGCUUACUCCGACAGUGGCCUCCAAGAGGGAUUGAAUGACGCUACACUCAACGGGGACUUUGUCACACUGUUCCUAAGGUGUAUAGCUAAGGCCUGUCAGUGUCAGUCCGCUCCGGCAAAGAUCAUACAGCUUCUGACUCUGAUACACAAUUCUACUUUCAUUAAUACCACACUUCCAGCUUUCAUUACAAGAAUGAUGUUGGAACAAUCUCCAAACAGACAACGAGAAUUCAAAGAGCCUCUUCACGACUCCAUAUGUAUCAUUUCAGAGAUCGCCCGUCGGAGUCCUAGCUCAAUAACAUCUGUCUUUGGUGUAAUUGGGAUUCUGGAUACCGUUUUAAAAACACUUCGAGCGACGACCGAAAUCAUAGACGAUGAUUUGUUAAAGGCUUUUGAUGAUUGUUGCACGCUGAAAGACCAAAUGCUUGAGGAAGUGCAGAAAAGAUCAAGAAGGAAAGAAGGAACUGCUGUGAGACAUGAUGAGGACGAACCUCCGGAUAACUUUCGUGAAAUUUCCGUGUUCCCUGAAAAAUCUGAUAUUCAGAUGGAAGAAGGUCCGUUUCUGCGUAGGAACAUCAGAGAAGGAGCUUUCAAAGACCUUGCCCAUUACCUCGACGUCCAGUUCAGACUCCUGCGGGAGGACUUUGUGGGACCUCUACGAGAGGGAAUCAUUGGCUAUAUAACAGCAGUACAGACUGGAAAAGAAAAACGUUCAAACGAAAUGCGUGUUUAUCAUGACGUCCAGGUGAUAUGCCCGAUCGGAACUAAUAAUGGGCUGUGUCAUCGAAUCUGUUUCGACGUCAGCAGAAUGCAGAAUGUGAACUGGGAGUCGAGUAAGCGUCUCAUUUUCGGUUCUUUGAUUUGUCUCUCAAGUGAUAACUUUAAAACGUUAUUGUUCGCAACCGUCGCUGAGCGAGACGCCAAAAAACUCAAAGAAGGAAUUUUGGACAUUAAAUUUGAAGGCAUGAGUAGGAGAACUUUCAAUUUGGAUUUCAACAAGAAAUAUGUCAUGGCAGAAACGGUUGCAUAUUUUGAAGCUUAUCGACACGUCCUUAAAGGCCUUCAAAACAUCAAUGAAGGCGAUCUUCCAUUUGAAAAGUACAUAAUUAAAUGCAACACUAAAAUGCAAGCUCCCCUUUACCUCAGGCAAAACCAAGAUGCAAAACUGGACUUGCGACCGCUCGUAGAUGAUCAUUUUAUAUUAAGGCAACAGGCACUUCCACCUCUGGCUAAAGAAUUCAGUGACAAAGCGGCCGUCGCGAGGUCGGUAGAACCUAAGGGUGUGUGGCCUAGCUCGGAGCUGUUACAUCUUGAUCGAUCUCAGUUUCGUGCUGUUAAGCGAGCACUUACCAGUGAGUUUGUCCUCACCCAGGGUCCUCCAGGAACAGGCAAAACCUAUAUCGGACUUAAGAUAGUGAAAGCUCUCCUCCACAACCACGCCCUUUGGAACACCAAUCUCGAAACACAAGAGCCAGACUGCAGGCCGAUGCUUGUAGUCUGCUAUACUAACCAUGCUCUUGAUCAGUUCAUCGAAGGCAUAAGCUCGUUCUUCAAAGGAUCCAUACUAAGAGUCGGUGGAAGGAGUUCCAGUGAAGCCAUGAAACAGUUCAAUUUGAACAGUAUGCGCACCCGAAUGCGGGAGAAACGAGAGGUACCAGAGGAAAUACACCGUGGAAGGAUGAACGCAAGGAGCGAAAUGAAAGACCUCCAAGAAGCAAUAAACCGUAUAUCGGGUUCCUUAGAAAUUGCUAGCCGAGAGCUUUUAAACGAAGAUGUGCUAGAAUCGUUCAUGGGGAGAUUUUACGCAGAGAUCGUUGAUACAGAACACAUGUUCAACUAUUUCGACGAAGGGUUUUCAACUCAACCAAGAAAGAAACACGCUGCUGUAUUGGACUGGCUCAGUAUCGAUACCCUUGCAUUUGGCGAAAAUGAGCAGAACGCAGAUUGGAGGGGUGAAGAAGGCCAAGAUGCUUUUGUUGCUGCUGCUGCCGCAGCAAACGUAGAAGUCCAACAUCAACCGCAAGGUGGGGCACAAUUAAACGCCCACGCUAUGGUAUUACCUGUAGCUCAAGACGAUGGAAACGAAGAGGAGGAAGAGUUCGUCGAUGUUUUGGAUGAAGUAGAUGCUAUGAUCGCUCAGAGGGAAAUCGAUGAAGAUCUCGACGAUGUUUAUGACACAGAAAUGGAAAAGGCGGAACUUGUGAUGCUGAAGAUAAACUUGAACAAGAACACUGUAGCAUUGAAUGUAACCAACUUGGAUGAAAAGGACGAAAACCGAAAUAAUGGUUGGCAGAUGACAAAAAAGCAAAAGAAAAAUCUGAAAAAACGAUUACGAAGAGAGCUCGUAUCAUUAGACAGAAUGGAUGAAACGGAAAUCGACACGAUUUAUGACGUUUGGCAGUUGAGCCUGAAAGACAGAUGGCGACUAUACAGGUAUUGGAUUAACCAGUUCUCAGUUAAGAUGAGGGAGAGAAUCAGAGAAAAAGUUCAAGAAUACCAAUCUGCAUGCGAUCAGCACCGAGAGAUUUUAAUGCAUGAGGACAAGGGAAUUAUCAGACGGGCGACCGUGGUCGGAAUGACAACCACUGGGGCAGCAAAGUACCAGACAGUCUUGCAGGAAAUUGGUCCAAGAGUGAUCGUUGUAGAGGAGGCAGCAGAGGUGUUGGAAGCGCAUGUAGUCACAACACUCAGCAGACACUGCCAACAUCUGAUCCUCAUCGGAGACCACAAACAACUCAGGCCAAAUCCAACAGUCUACAAACUCGCUAAAGAUUACAAUUUAGACCUGUCCUUGUUUGAAAGGAUGAUAAAAAAUGACAUUAAGCUUGAUUGCCUUGGACUUCAACACAGGAUGCGCCCGGAAAUUUCAAAGAUCAUGACGUUGAUAUACCCGGAGUUGCAAGAUCACAGCAUUGUAAAGACGUACGAUAAAGUCAAGGGGGUUACAUCCAAUGCUUUCUUCAUAAACCACAGUUUUCAAGAACAAGAAGAUAACGACCUGAAGAGUCACUCAAACAGUCAUGAAGCCAAGUACAUUGCUGGUCUCUGCAAGUACUUCCUGCUACAAGGUUACGAACCAGAGCAGAUCACCAUCCUCACGCUCUACUCUGGACAGCUGUUUACCAUUAAAAAGGAAAUGCCAAAGCAAACAUUCAGUGGCGUUCACAUUACCGUUGUCGACAACUUUCAAGGGGAAGAAAAUGACAUUGUUCUACUGUCACUUGUCAGGAGUAACAAUAACGGAAAAAUAGGAUUUUUGAAAAUCGACAAUCGAGUUUGUGUUGCAUUGUCUCGGGCUAAAAAGGGCAUGUUUGUUAUAGGAAACAUGGAUAUGAUGGCACAAGGAAGCAAGCUUUGGAAGAACAUUGUUUCUCAUGCACAGAAAGAGAGGAUGAUCGGAGAAGGUCUAAGACUUGUUUGUCAAAAUCACCCAGAAGACAAUGGACUCAUAGCCAAAGUACCUGGGGAUUUCCGAAAAGCUCCUGAGGGUGGAUGUAUGAAGCCAUGCCAGUUCCGUCUUGAAUGUGGCCAUACCUGCAGUAUGGUCUGUCACGUACUAGACCAAAAGCAUGAAAAAGUUCAAUGCAGAAAACGUUGUGAGCGUAAGAUUUGCACUAACGGUCAUAAAUGCAAAAAGAUGUGCUACCAAAAGUGUGGUGAAUGUCCAAUUCUUAUGCCGAAAAAGAUACCGCAAUGUGGUCACACACAGGACGUUCCUUGUCAAAUCGAUCCUAACUACUUCCGCUGUGAAGAAAGGUGUGAAGAAAACUUACCGUGUGGACACCGAUGUGCAGAGGCAUGUGGAGAGGAUCAUACAACAGAGUGUCAGAAACUUGUUCUUAAGUCCUGGCCAUCUUGUAGACACGCUGGAAUGGUAAAAUGCUCAGAAAAAGUCACGAAAGAGUGCGUUGAAGAAUGUCAAGAUAUCUUGGGAUGUGAACAUCUUUGUUCUGGAAGCUGUGGGUCAUGCCUGAUGGGAAGACUUCACAAAGCCUGUACAAUGUCAUGUGGCCGAACCUUAAUUUGUGGUCACGAGUGCGCGGAUCGAUGUUCUAGAUGCCCACCAUGCAAAAGAGUUUGUGAAAAUCGCUGCAUUCACAGUAAAUGCCAGAAUCGUUGUGGGGAACCAUGCGCACCUUGUAACGAGAGGUGUGAAUGGACAUGUAAGCACUAUACCUGCAUGAAUUUGUGUAAUGAACCGUGCGAGCGUCCCCGAUGCAACCAACCGUGCAAGAAGAGACUCGAAUGCAAUCAUAAUUGCAUAGGAAUGUGUGGAGAAAAAUGCCCUUCACUUUGCAGAGUUUGUCACAGAGAUGUUGUGACAGAAAUACUUUUCGGAGAUGAAGAUGAACCUGAUGCGAGAUUUUUACAACUAGAGGACUGUGGCCAUAUUAUCGAAGUCCAUGCCAUGGACACCUAUAUGGACCAAGCUUCUACUGAUGAGCAGAAUGAAAUUUUGGUAAAAGGAUGUCCAAAAUGCAAAACACCGGUUCGCAAAAAUUUGCGAUAUGGAAAUAUAAUAAAGCAGACUUUGAGGAAUAUCGAGCAAGUCAAACGAAAACUACUCGGCGACGAACAAAGAAUAAAAGUUCUUUUAGAUGAAAUCCCAGAUGAAAUAUCCGAAUUGGGACCAACGGAUAGCAUUAUCAUGAUGAAAAAGUUCAAAGCGAUACUAGAAGAGAAAGACAUUCCAAGUCACAACCGCAUCAAGCAACAUUUAAUCGGCAAACUCUGUGAAGAAACUCUAGUUACCGUCCAGAAUCAGACAGCUUUCCUCAAACGACUAAAUGAUCUUGGAAGAAAAUACAGGGACACAGUGCCAUCUUCAGAUUUGGAUGCCGUAUUUGAACAAGCAAAGGACCAUAUAGGCCGACUUAGGCUAUGGAUACUCAAACAAAGGACGUACUUCACACAACAGGAAACUACUGACGUUGUCGAUGAAAUACGUAGGCUAACACUCCUUAGAAACUUUCUCCUGUAUAAAACACAAAUUAGAAAUAGGAACGUUGCAUUGGACGACGACUUAAAGAGAAGAAUGCAGGUGGCAGAAAAGAUGCUUACCGAUGGAAUGAAGUUCACUGAGCCAAAGCAGAAGAAAGUUAAACACACCUUAAAGAUGCUUGAAGAAGUCGUCCCUAAAACAGGGCUUGGGAUUACAGAAGAGGAACGGAUGCAAAUCAAUAAGGCUAUGGGUAUGGGGGCAGGACACUGGUUUAAAUGUCCAAAUGGACACGUGUACGCUAUUGGAGACUGUGGUGGUGCAACGACGCAGGGGACCUGCCCAGAAUGCAAAGCGACUAUUGGAGGUGGUUCCCACACACUGCGGUCGGACAACGCAUUUGCGCCUGAAAUGGACGGCGCAGCUGCGCCAGCGUGGCCUACUGCACUGAUUCACAAUAUUGAGAAUUUCCGGUUAGACCAAUGAAGUGUUUUGACAAAAAAAGACGGAGAUAUAUACUGACAUUGAAAGUACCAUUACAUCAUAGACAGAAAUAUUGUUUUAUAUGUAUUCACUAUGUCAACGACUCCAGAUUCCUUUCCAUUGAGGGUUAUCAAUAUUUUGUUUUACUGAUUUUGAAUAUAUAUCCCAGAAAAUAAAUCAAUAGUAUAAUGUUGACAUUUAUUUGCUUUGAAGAGCCAUGUAUAGAAUAUGUUAUCAUUUCGCAUUUAUUCUUUCAUUACUGAUCACUUAUUAGGUUUUUUUUAUAUAUCUUCUCGUUUUCACAAUGUGAAAUACAUCACUCAAAAAAUAUAAAUGACUUUAACCAAAUGGCAAAGAAUGACGUCAUAUCCUUAUUAUUCGUAGUUACUUCUAUAUUGCUGGAUUUUUUUUUAAUUAUAUUUUCCAACAUUUUAUGACAUAAACAUAUACAUACAAUGUACAUGGACGUCUAUAAUCGCCUUUACAUAAUGUACAUACGCUCACGUAUCAGUAUUCGUCAUACAAAUAUAUUAAAAAAUAAGUAUACAUUCACAUUUUUGAUAUGAAAAAAAACUUCCAGAUAUUAUUGUCCUGGAAUAUAACUGGAAUUAAAUAGCUUUAUUAGAUGUACUUUUUUCGAAUAAGCUGAAUUGACUUUUGCAUGCGUUAUCUAAAAUUGUUUUCAAUUUUUUUUUAAUUUUCUUUUUGCAUAUGACUGAAUAGCAUAUUUUUUGUGAUGUUAUUGUUAUCUGAUAUAUGGGAUUUUUGUGUGUGUUUUACCUACUACGGUUAAAGAGGAAUGAAAUUUGUACCCAGAUGUAUAUAGCGAAAAUAUUGUAAUGUUUGUAUAAUCAAACCCGUAUACUAAAACCACGUUUGGGAAAGCCAACUGGUUAUUAAGUGUAUGUAUGUGUUUUUUAAAUUGUGUAUGUAAGUUAACAAGAGUAUUGUAAUUGGGCGUUUUAUAAGCGGCGUCAUACAUCCAAAGUCUCUGAGGAUCGUGGUCUCUUAUGAGCAGAUUUGAUUGAAAUACUGUAUGUAACACGUUACACUGUAUUCAUACAAAUUCAUUGCUUAUUGAAAAUAUUACUUGAUUUUUUAUUUUAUAUGAAACUAUAAAAAAAGUUUUUUUUCGUAAAUCAUGUACGAAUGUGGCUUAGUGAGUUGUAUUUAGCGGUUUAUAGUCGAGACACCGGUGAAACAGACGUUUUCGAAAGUUCGCAACAUAAGUUUUAAAUUCCUGUUUGUGUUAAAAACAAACCUAGCCUUUAAGGCUAUUUAGUUUGCCAUAUACGUGCUGAAGUAUACAAUCGUGAUUACUUUCAUAAAUCUCGUAUAAAAGCUAAUAUCAGAUUAUGUUUAUCACAUAACAAAAUAUCGAUAAAUGUCUUCAAGCCUUUUGUCGUCAUUAUGACAUCACAAUUUUUUUUUAUAUAAACUCAGUGAUGCAUUGAAGUUGUGACGUCACCCUAUUACGUGUACAAUGGGAAACUCCUGUCAAUCUCAGCUCCACAACGUAUUAUUAAGCUUGCGUUUAAAACACAAGUUUCUGAGCUGAUUUUUCAUUCUUGUUUUAAAUAACUUUGCUCAUUAUGUCUUAUGUUGAAUUACCGUGCAUCCAAAUGUGAUAAAAUAAUCACUAUAUAACCAGAAUGUGUAUUUUGAAUGUGUAUAUUUUUUUUUAUUUUUUUUCAACCUGCAGAUACGUUUUUUUUUAAUUAUAUAUCGUUUAAAUCACAUUCUCAAUAGAAAGAUUUGCUAUUUUUUCAUUAUGUUUCUCACUAAUUUUGAAAUACGGAGUUGCGAGCCGUGAAUUUUCUAGGCACCAAAAAACUAAGUGAACUAUUUGUAAGUGUAAGAUCAUUGUAAAUAUGACAAAGACUACUGAGGCUAUUAAUCAAGUCUAAACUACAAGAUAUGCCAUAGAUAAAUUGAUUUAUUAACACAACGUUAAACGUCUCAUAUAGUUUUAUCAGAUGAUAACCUAAGCAUAACAUUUUAUCGUUUUGAAGCGCUAUCUAUAUGGUUUGUAUACCUUUAUAAAUCCUGACACAUACCCACUGAACCAUAAAGUCAAUCUUUGAAGCGUAACGUUUUAUCAUUCAAGCUUACUGUACAGAGCUUUAAUGAUACUGUUUGCAAUAAUUGACAUAACAAUGUAAACUUUUGACCUCCCCUUAAUUUGAUUUUUGAAUAACUAGCACAGUAUGACCAGGACCUCCAUUGACCAGGUAGCUCGUUGGUUAGAGCGACGGUGUAACAAUCUGAGGUCCUGGGUUAGAAUCCAAGUCUUGCCUCGCUGAAUAGCACGGAACGAUAGUCUAGUGGUAGGACGCCGGGCUCGUGACCGAAGGGGUGCGGGUUCGAGUCACGGCAAGGCACUGUGUUGUA